GAAGAGAAACUGAGGAUCUGCCAUUAGAGGAAACAAGAACAACAACAAAAUGAUGGAGAAGGAUAUGUUCUUCGACUACUGCUUAACAGUACAGCCAAACAUAUUGGUGCAUAUUGCCACCUAGUGGACUCGGUCAACCUUGCGCAACCUCCGCGGACGUCCGCGCACAGUGUCCGCAUGCAGCUAGAUAAUUCCGUCACGCGGACUGUGCGUGGACCAUCGCGGAACGCGGACAGGCAAAGUAUUCUUUGGGCUUUAGGGUUGGGAUUUGGGUGUUUUAUUAAAGCUGAAGUAAUUUCCGCAACACUAGCGCCACCGAACGAAAUGGCAAAAAUAGACAAUGUUCUCAAAACAGCUUUCUGAAUACGCCUUUCGUCUGCUGUUGUUCAAACAGUCAGAUAGUCCCACCCCCCAGCUCACGCCAUUGGUUGAGUAAUGUUGUUGGGGGCGUUAAAAACAAACCAGAAUUUUUAUAGCACCCCAGAGACACAGUGUUUACAGUUUUCAAGACAAUUAAACAAUGAGUGGCUUAGUUAUAGUUGCCUGCAUAUUAAGGUAUAGGAGAAUGUAUUUUAACACAGAAAAAUAACAUUUCAGCUUUAAUAAAAUAUGCAUUCCUGUUGACUUUGUUACUUUAUUUACAACUCGCUUUUGGCGCCCCUCUGUGGACAUUUCACCCGGAAACCAGAGCUCACACGUGCCUAUACGUUCAACAACACUUCCAGCUCCGGCCACUGGGGGCAGCGAUUCAAUUUUCGGUAUCUUUAAGAGCACAUGCUACAUCGACGUGCGCUGGUUUCCAUUUGACGUUCAGCGGUGUGAUCUGAAGUUCGGAUCGUGGACGUAUGGCGGAUGGUCUCUCGAUCUGCAAAUGAUGGAGGCGGAUAUUACCGGAUACAUCGCUAAUGGCGAAUGGGACCUAGUGGAGGUUCCAGGCAGAAGGAAUGAGAAGUUCUAUGACUGCUGUAAGGAGCCGUACCCUGACGUGACCUUUACCGUGGUAAUGAGAAGGAGAACACUGUAUUACGGGUUAAAUCUUCUCAUCCCGUGUGUUCUCAUCUCAACUCUCGCCCUGCUGGUGUUCCUGCUGCCCGCAGACUCUGGAGAGAAGAUCUCACUUGGAAUCACUGUAUUGCUGUCACUCACCGUCUUCAUGCUUCUGGUGGCGGAGAUCAUGCCCGCCACGUCUGAUUCAGUGCCUCUGAUUGCUCAAUAUUUUGCGACCACCAUGAUGAUCGUGGGUCUGUCAGUUAUCGCCACAGUUCUGGUGUUGCAGUAUCAUUAUCACGACACUGACGGAGGAAAGAUGCCGAGAUGGACCCGUGUUGUCCUUCUCAACUGGUGCGCGUGGUUCCUCCGUAUGCGACGGCCUGGUGAGGAACGGAUCCAACUCGCCUGUCAUAAUAAAAACCCUCGCCAUGGCAGCGUGUCCAGCAUAGAGCUCUCUGUCAGCCAGGGGGCGCUGCAGCCCACCAGCGGCAACAUGCUCUACAUCGGGUUAAGAGGUAUGGAGGGCGUCCACUACACGUCCCCGCACGACUCAGGUGUGCUCUGCGGGCGACUGAUGGGUUCCAGUGAGGAGGAUGUGUUGUUGCCAGGGACGACGGUGCCAUCGCUAGGGGGCGGGGCUGGGAUUGGGUGCAGGGCUAGUGGAAGCAUUGUGGGUGGAGCUCUGGAACUGGAACUGGCCAAAAUUUUAGAGGAAGUAAGGUACAUCGCCAAAAGAUUUCGCAACCUGGACGAGGACGAGAGCGUGUGCAACGAAUGGAAGUUCGCCGCGGCGGUAAUCGAUCGUUUGUGUCUCAUGGCAUUCUCCAUUUUCACAAUCCUUUGCACUAUUGGGAUCCUAAUGUCUGCGCCGAACUUUGUGGAAGCCAUCUCCAAAGAUUUCUUCACCUGAAGAUAAAUGGACCAACAGUACCAUGAGGACUUCGUUAUUUUAUAUUUCUUUGUAAAUUGUGCAACAACAAGCAAGCAGCUGUCAUCUUGCGCUUACAAUGGGUGUGCUAUAUAGAGUAUUACGUAGGGCUGGGCGAUAUAUUGAAUAUUUGCUAUAUAUUUUCACUGAUUUUGAUGGUGAAAUAAAAUGAAGAAACAUUAAGCAACAUUCUGAAUAUUGCAAUGCAUUUAAUGCACUUUUAUUUGGCCAUUUUGUUUCCUGAAGAUUGUUUUUUAUUUUUUGUUUAUAUCUAUUUUCUUUACAUUUAUCCCCUUUUCUCCCAAUGUUGGAACGCCCAAUUCCCACUACUCAGUAGGUCCUCGUGGUGGCGUGGUUACUCGCCUCAAUCCGGGUGGCGGAGGACGAGUCUCAGUUGCCUCCGCUUCUGAGACCGUCAAUCCGCGCAUCUUAUCACGUGACUCGUUGUGUAUGACACCGCGGAGACUCACAGCAUGUGGAGACUCAUGCUACUCUCCACGAUCCACACACAACUCACCACACGCCCCAUUGAGAGAACCACUAAUCACCACCACGAGGAGGUUACCCCAUGUGACUCUACCCUCCUUAGCAACCGGGACAAUUUGGUUGCUAAGGAGACCU